AUGUCCAACAGAAGCAGCUUUCCAAGCAAUGGUGAGGCUCCUCCUCAGUGGAGCACACGGGAACAGCGUCCUCCGCUAAAUGAAAUUUACCGCCUCCGGACGGAAAACCGCAACCUCCGAGAGAGCACUUACAAGCUGAGGGGACGCAUCUAUGGGCUUCUAGCAGAAAGGAGAGAGUUGGUCCACUUAAAUGAAGUUGACUCCAUCAUAAAAGAAAUGAAGCAACUUCAGGAAAGGAACCAAAAGCUGGAAGAGGAAAACAAAAGGAUGAAGGAACAAAAUGUGAAUGUGGAAGAAACAUGGAACAUAGCAAAACUGAAAGAGGCACUCGUCCAAAGCAGAAAUCCAGAAAAGAAGGACAAGGAAUUUCUGAGUAAGAAACAUGCGGAAGAAAUGCAUGAAAUGCUGAAGCAGAACUUUGUUAAGCGCCAGCAGAAGCAAGAAGUGGAGAAAAGAAAUCCAGAAAAGAAGGAUAUGGAAGUUCUGAGUAAGAAACAUGUGGAAGAAAUGCAUGAAAUGCUGAAGCAGAACUUUGUUAAGCGCCAGCAAAAGCAAGAAGUGGAGAAAAGAAAUCCAGAAAAGAAGGAUAUGGAAGUUCUGAGUAAGAAACAUGUGGAAGAAAUGCAUGAAAUGCUAAAGCAGCACUUUGUGAAGCGCCAGCAAAAGCAAGAAGUGGAGGAUUAUGAGGAACUGGUGAGGAAGCACCAACAACUGGAGGCCAAACAUGCAGAAAUCCAGGAGAAAAACAUGGAAUGUGAGGAAAAAUAUGGGCAAGUUGAAACAGAGCAUAAAGAACUGGAGAGCAGAAAAGCAGCACUGCAGGAGGAGACCAAAGAGAACAGGCAGAAAUACAGCAAGCUUGAAGAAAAAUUCCAGGCAGUGGUUGAAGAGUUGAACAAAUUCAGGGAGAAAUGUCAUAAAAUUGAGGAGGAAAAUGUAAAAUUUGUGCUAGAAGUGGCAAAUUUGGAGGAGAAGAACAGAGAGCUCGAGGAGCAACGAAAGAAAAAGAAAAAACGCUCCAAAUUCUUCUGGUCCAAGUCAGGUGAUGCAGAGGCCGAGAAAAAGGCCAAGAAAGCUAAAGAAAAAGUGGAUCAGGAAGAAGAAGAACCAGACAAGAAGAAAAGAGGCGGCUGGCGCUGGUUCACCAGAUAUAAGAAACGUGGAAGUGUGGAAGAACCUGCUGGUGGUUCUGCUCAGGCUGGAGGACAGUAG